CGGCCUGCUACAGUCACCAGCAGUAAAAAGAGCGCCAGCAGGAACCCUCAGACGCCUCAGGAGAUUCUCGCAUCGAUAUGGAACACUUACGCUGAUGAGACGCCGCAGCGGUCGAAGCUCCUGGAUGUCUUCAUGGGCUUCCUUUUGGUUGUGGGUGGAUUGCAGUUUGUAUACUGUGUGAUCGCGGGCAAUUAUCCUUUCAACGCCUUCCUAUCCGGUUUCUCCGCCACCGUCGGCCAAUUCGUUCUCACAGCAAGUCUUCGCAUCCAAACCAACCCUGCUAACAAGGGCGACUUUGAGAACAUUUCACAUGAGAGAGCAUUUGCCGAUUUCAUCUUCGGUAGCAUGAUUUUACAUUUCUUCUGUGUCAAUUUCAUUAAUUGA